UUUUUCCUUUGAUCCAAAUAAGGAUAUGACGUAGUGUGUGUCUGUAAUGGGAACACCGAGGCUCUCGGAGAGCAGAGACACACACCGGGUGAUGAGACUCAGGAGGAGGGAGUGGAGGUGACACGUUGGAGAGCAGGAUGGGGGACAUAAAACAUGACGAAACUAACUUCUACUCCAAUGCUGAGGACUACUGGAGGGAGAUUCCUGCCACGGUGGAUGGAAUGCUGGGAGGCUACGGCUCCAUCUCCAGCAUUGACAUCAAUGGAUCGAAAACAUUCCUGAAGAAAUUCCUGGGUGAGGGUGAGGGUAAGACAGGCACGAGCUGUGCCCUGGACUGUGGCGCCGGCAUUGGGAGGAUCACCAAACGUCUUCUUCUGCCGCUGUUCACCACCGUGGACUUGGUAGACGUGACUCAGGAGUUCCUGGACAAAGCCAAGUCCUACCUGGGAGAGGAGGCCAAAAGGGUGGGUCACUACUUCUGCAGUGGCCUGCAGGACUUUGUUCCAGAGGCUGGACGAUACGACGUCAUCUGGAUCCAGUGGGUCAUCGGUCACCUGACAGACAGCCACCUAGUUGAGUUCCUGCGGCGUUGUCAGAAAGCCAUAAAGCCCAACGGCCUCAUUAUCAUCAAGGACAACGUGUCGUAUGAGGGCGUGGUCCCCGACGAGGUGGACAGCAGCGUGUGUCGAGACCUGGCAAUAGUUCGUAGUCUGGUGGCCACGGCGGGCCUUCGCAUAAUCCACGAGGAGCAGCAAGUGGACUUCCCUAAGGAGAUUUACCAGGUCCACACACUGGCGCUCAGAUAGAGGAAGCAGCAGCUCAUGUGACCGGAAGUGGCUUCUCCUUUUCUUCACCAUGUUUCUAAUGUGAAAAUGGCAUUUUCCUUUUAUUUUAUUUUUUUAAUUUCUCAAACACACCCACAGUCAGUUACCUGUGGGUGGGUGUUUGUGUGUGAUGUGUCACAUGACCUCUGCCUAUGUCAAAGACAAACCCAUGACAAUUAGGACAGAGAUCUUGUUUGGUUAAAGACCUUAAAGCGACAGUUCAGGUAUUUCUGAAACACAGUGUAUUAUAUACAAAAUGGCCGCCUCCCUCAAAAGGUCCUCAGAGAAAAUGAGAAAUUUAACUUCACACUACACAGCCUGUGUGUUUGUGUGUGUUGUGCACCGAUGAUACAAGUGUUACAACAUCAUAUCAAAAUCCUGAACUAUUCCUUUAGUACCAAGCACACGACGUUUCUAAAAACUCAUAUCGAAGACCAGACAGAAAGUGAAACUGAUUUCAGUCAUUUCAUGGCACAUUUGGUCGUUUUUACAAGUGUCAACUUUUUAAAUGUUUACAGCUCCUCCAUACAUGAUGUGUGUAUACAUGAUGUUUAGUUUUCCACUGGGCACGACAUGGACCUGUACAGCACAGAGUUCAUCCGUACACAUCGUCCAGGCAGUGAAAUGUCUGCAGCAUCUUCCCACGGGAAAAAACAAGUGCGAAAAUGUUCACGAUCGAUUGAGUUUGUGUGGAUUUUACAGAUUUACGAUACUCGAACUUUUUCCUCCAGUGCGUUUAAAACUAAUAGGCAGAUGAAAAAA